AUACUAAUGUCGGUCUCGUCCGGAGCCCAACCGAGUGUUCAAGGCCCUGUGGCUGUGGGAGACCUCUUGAGUGAAGCUUCGAAAAGAUUCGAACAAGAGUUUCUUCAGCGGCCUGAUGCAUUCAGUGUCGCUCCAGCUUCCAUACCACUCCUUGGUACCAGUGCAGUUCAUGAGAACAUUUCUGUGAGCAUCGCCGUAGAUCGAUACACUGUAGUUGUUGGACGAUCGAGCCAAGACAGCUCCGAGGUUAGAGUUAUAUCAACGUCAUGUGCGAAGGCGUGUGUCUUUACUCUGCCUUCUAUUGAGGAGGGGGAGGGUGAUGAGACCGCAACAGAUGUGCGCGGUUGGGACUGGAGCAACAUCAUCCGGAGUCUCGUUCAAGAAUUAAGGCAGCUGAGUGGUAUCGAUAUAUCAGGCUUCACUGCUGUUGUGCAUAGUACUAUCCCGUCCCACCAAUCAAUGAACAGCUCAGCGGCACUAGAGGUUGCCAUGGCGGCUCUUCUUCAGCGAUUAUUCCCUCAGAGCUUCUGCACAGUUAGCCAAAUGGAUAUGAUACUUGCCUGUCGCCGAGCUGAUCAGAAGUGUUCAGACGUGGGUUCGAACGCUUUCACAUCAUCUGCCCUCGAACAGCUCACUUGCACCUUCUCGAGACAAAUGCACGCUAUUCACGCUGAUGCUGGAGAUAUGCGGAUAUUCGACUUCAUCGCCUUCCCAUCCCAGCCGACCAUCCGACUGCUCCUUAUUGUACCACUCGUCUCUCAGGAGUCUCCGCACCUCCCGCUCGAUCGUUGGCAGGAUUCUCCCACUGAGGAUGAACUAGCGAUAUCGGCUGCGCAACUGAUGGGUCGUCCAUCUCUGAGAGAUAUUGCGAUUGAAGACGUGGACCGAGCGUCACUAGAUGACAGGCAACGCAAAGCUGUUAUGGGCGUUGUAUUAGAAGCCAACCGAGUGAAUCAGCUGGUGUCGAUGCAACGAUCAUGUACGGCUGAGGACCUUGGUGCUCUGUUGAACUCGGACAGGCUGGCCAACGAUGAAUGUCACCGACUUCUUUCGGCGAUUCGGUUCCUUCCGGGCAUCUUUGGAUGCCGACGAGUAAACGGCAGCUACCAGAGUCCGUCGAGCUUCGCUGCUAUCGCCAUCGCUGAUGUUGGAGUGUGCGGUCCGUAUCUUGUCAAGUUCUCCCAAGAGUACAACUGCACAAUUAAUGUGCUCACUCCUGCCGAUGGUGCUUACUCUAGUUAUCUCAAGUUCAUGGCACCUCAGCAGUGAAUAUGACCGCG